UAAGUCUGAGAGAAAUUAGCAACAGGGAACAGAAAAGGGCCGAGCGACAGUCGCUGCCAGCAGUGCAGGAGCAGAGAGGCCGGGAUGGACAGUCGCACCGAGCAGAGCAGUGACCCCCCCAGCAAUGUCCCUGCCCCCAAGGGAAACCAACAUAGAACGCAGAUCCCAGAAGGGACCCGAGAGGCUCUGAAGCGACCAACGUUCAAUGUGUUGGGGAUGGAGAGGCCUCAGAUGCUGAGUCUCCUGGAGCACAUGUUCUACCAACUCGACUUGGUGGCAACGUUCAAGAUGGAGCCCGAAACCCUGAGAUGCUUCUUGAGUUCUGUGCAGGAACAUUACCAGGAAAACCCAUUCCACAAUUUCCACCACGGAUUCUCUGUGGCCCAGAUGCUCUAUUGUGUGAUAUCCCAGUGCCAACUGCAGGAGCGCCUGUUGCCGUCGGAUACCCUCGCCAUGAUGGUGGCCGCUCUGUGCCAUGACCUGGACCACCCGGGGCUCAGCAACUCGUACCAAGUCAAUGCUCAGACAGACCUGGCCAAGCGGUACAACUACAACUCCCCGCUGGAGAAUCAUCACUGGGCAGUGACGCUGCGAAUCCUGAGCCAAGAGAAGUCUAAUCUGUUAGUGAAUGUGGCCCCCGAGCAACUGCCCCACAUACAGCAGGAGAUAAUGGAGCUGAUUUUGGCCACAGACAUGGUGCAUCAUGGGAAAAUCCUGCAGUCUCUUCAACAUAUUGAGACUCUCAGCUUCUCCAACAGGGAACAUGUGACUGCGCUGAAGAAAACUCUCAUUAAACUCUGUGACAUUUCCAACGAGGCUCGGCCGGCGGAUCAGGCAGAAGUCUGGGCAGAUUCCCUCAUGGAGGAGUAUUUCCUGCAGAGCGACCGGGAAAAGGCCGAGGGUCUCCCCGUGACCCCCUAUAUGGACCGGGACAGAGUCAGGAAAGCCGACGCCCAGAGUUCCUUCAUCACCUUCCUACUCCUCCCCCUGUGUGAGGCGCUGUGCCAGCACCUCCCCCAGCUGAGCGACUCCCUGCUGCAGCCCCUGAGGGCGGCCAAGCUGCGCUACCAACAGCAGAUGGACAAGGAGAUGGGGCAGGCCGAGAGACAGGACAUGUGACUCUGUGGGGCAGAUAACUGCAACAUGGAACAUACAGGCAGAUACAUGUAACCGACAUGGAUACGCGCAACCGACAUGGAUACGCGCAACCGACAUGGAUACGCGCAACCGACAUGGAUACGCGCAACCGACAUGGAUACGCGCAACCGACAUGGAUACGCGCAACCGACAUGGAUACGCGCAACCGACAUGGAUACGCGCAACCGACAUGGAUACGCGCUACCGACAUGGAUACGCGUUACCGACAUGGAUACGCGUUACCGACAUACACCUACGUGGGCACGGGAUUCAUUGAGACCCUGUGGGGGCAGGUAUUAAUGGCCGUGGGGGCAGACACUGCUUAAAUAGCCCCCAUGAGGGCAGGUAAUGAAGAGCCCAAUCAGUUGCUCCAUAUCAAACAGAAGCUUAAAGAUCAUGUGACCCAAACUAACAAAUAAUAAAUGAUGUGUCCCUCCCACGCAGAGCCGCCCAAUCGCUCAGUGAUGAUUGGAUGAUCCCUGCACAGGGGUGUGGCACAUACAGAACUACCGGGGACACACCAGGCUGGGGGGCCCCUGUACUACACUGGGGCACAGUGGGGGUCAUUCUUCUACAGAGAAUUGACAUGAGCCCACAAGGCUUUCAGCUGGGGCACCGGGGCCCUGGGGGAACGUAUCUGGUUUGCUGAGGGCCACACUCGCUUUCCCUCUGGUUAACUGCCCAUAUUACCCAUGGGAGGGGCAUCUCUGGCCCCCACUGUGAAACAAUCGCCUGGAUUAGGCGGCUUCUCUCCCCAUUGGCCCCAAAGAGCCAAUCACAAGCCCCCAUAGCCCCCACGCCUCCCUUACUGGGCCACAGAAUCUCUUUCAUUCAGUUCCCAGGAGCGGCCACGGUUACGGUUUCUAUGGGAUUCUGGGAAUAGAACUAAACUCAAAGCCUAAUCCACAGCGGCCAAGAGACUAAAGCAUCAUUAAAGGGUAAAUUCACCUGUACAGUAACCCCUGCAAUAUUAUAGCGGGGCCUAAUCUAGGGCUCUUUCAAUUAAUCUUCAUUUUGUAUCAUUUUUAUGUUGGAAUCAUUACACCCCCUAUUCUGCAUAUGUCCAGCCUACUGUCUGUUUCUAAGGGUCACUGACCCCGGCAACCAAAAAAUAAAUUAUCUUUAUAAUAAUUAA